AUGUCCGUCGCCGAGGGGUGGGGCGUCCUGUUUGCGGCGACUCUGUUCGAGCUGGUGAGCACCUACUUCAUGCACGCUGCCCAGGGCUUUAGCCGCCCCCUCCAGGCGGCGCUCGCGUGCGUCUUUUACGCCGCCUCCUUCCUUGGCUUCAACUUCUCUCUGCGAGCGCUCGAGAUCUCGAUCGCGUAUGCGGUCUGGUCGGCGGCCGUGAUGGCCGUCCUCUCCUUUGUCGGCAUGGCGUUCCUCGGCGAGUCCGUCUCCUCCCUCAAGGUGACUGGCAUCGCGCUCAUCGUUGUCGGCACAACCUUCCUCAACCUCGCCACGACGGGAUGA